GUGUGCAGAUUGCUUCACUCCAUUUAUUCCAAUCUUCAAUUCCAUGCGUAAUUUCUGCCAACUUUGGCGUCCCGAUCCCGCAGCCUUUCCUUAUCUGCCAUUUUCUCUUCCCAAAAAUGUUCCUUGGCAAGGCUCUUGCCGUCUGUAGUCCCUCGCCUGGAGCAUUCGAAGGAGAGGCGAAGGGGUAGCAAUCGGGAUGAGAGUUGGUGGCGGAGCAGCUGGGAUUUUUGGCUUCUGGUUGAUUAAGAAAUCAUUCCUUACUAAAAAGUGUGUUUUUGUUUUUCCUCGCUGCUUUUGCUGCUGAUCGAAUCAUGGCCGGAACUCGGGGCUUCACUUAUCUUCGAAGUUUGAUUGCCACAACCUCCGAACAUUAGGGUUGAUCUCUGCCCAUGCUCUCUUUGGGCAUAUGUAGCAAAACUAGUUCCUGAUUGAUCAUUGAUUGAAGAGAUGGUUCUCCAUGAGUGUUUGUAACACAAUUAUAAUAGCAAUCUGUGGGAAUUAUUUGGUUCUUCAGUCAUUUAUAUUAAUACAAGCAGAGCAGAGCCAUUUGUUAUAGAGGUUCCUUUGGAUACACUAUAUUCAUGGCGACAUUGUCAUGUGCUGAAUCCCGGCGCUUGUAUUCAUGGUGGUGGGAUAGUCAUAUCAGUCCCAAGCUCUCUAAAUGGCUUCGGGAUAACCUUACCGAUAUGGAUAACAAGAUUGAAUCAAUGAUCGGGCUUAUAGAGGAAGAUGCUGAUUCCUUCGCCCAAAGAGCUGAAAUGUACUAUAAGAAACGUCCCGAGCUUAUAAAUCUAGUGGAGGAAUUUUAUCGAGCAUACCGUGCUCUAGCAGAAAGAUAUGAUCAUGCGACUGGGGCACUGCGUCGGGCUCAUCAAACUAUAGUAAAAGCAUUUCCCAACCAGAUCCCGGAUGAAAUUUCUGUUGAGUCUCUACAUGAAUCUCCUGCUCCUGGUUCGAGAAUGAAUAACCAUCAAUUGCCUAUGGGAAUCUCUGACCCUGACGAUGAUGUUUUACUCCGUGAUCUUUUAGGAUUGUCAUUGUGCGGUGAAACAGUGACAUUGGACGAGGCAUAUUCUGACGAAAGUAAGGUGGAGUCAUUUGGAAACAUUUUGAAGCAAAUAAAUGAAAUGUUUCCAAGCAAAGAGGAUAAAGCUGGUGCUGCAUUUGGCAAUGAGACCGAAGAUAAUUUUUUAGAUUAUAAAUUACUUUGGAAAGAAAAUUCCAGGUUGUUGAAGGAAAACCAGGAACUGAAGCAACAAAUCGCUUCAGAGUCAGCAUGUGCUGAUAAAAGUGAAAAUGACAUUCAGUGCCUUAAGGAGGUCUGCUUUAAUGAAAAAUCUGAAAAACAAGAUGUUUUGGUUCAGUAUGAAGUAUCGAUCGCAAGAUUAUCUUACCUGGAGCAUGAAAUCUCCCACAUCAAAGCAGAACUUAAGCAGCUCAAUGAUGAGAUGACGAUAGAGGCUUCAAGUUUAAACAGUGCCGAAGAGCAAAGUCUUGUUUCGGAGACAAACCACUCUUUGCAGUUGGAAUUUGACAUUCUAAAGCAGAAAAUACGAAAGCAAAAAGAAAAUCUUGAUAGGAAGGCGCAGGAGCUGGAGAUUCUCAACAUGUCCUUACAAAAUGAACAACAAAGAAAUUUGACGGCUGAAAUGACUUGCCAAUCGAUAAAGCAGCAGCACACUAAGGAGAUAAAGCACCUGGAAUUGGAGAUUAAAAGUGGAGUUGAAAAGUUGAAGGAUGCAGAAGAAAAACUUGAGAAUCUGAGGGAGGAAAAUGGCAGGUUGAGGCAGCACAAGCUAUCAUCUGCUUUAAAAAUAGCGACUCUUCAGGAUGAGAUAAUUUCACUAAUGGAUUUAAGAAGGAAAUUUGAAGAUGAAAUUGAUCAUAUUGAGCAAAAUGAAGAUCUUCAGCUGGAGUUACAUUGUCUAACAAACAACAAAUAUGAUUCGGAAGGGAAGUAUCAUAUGCUACUCGAGGAAAUACAAGCAGUCAAUUUAAAGGUACAAUCCCUUCAGGUAUCGAUAAAAGAUUCAAGACUUAAUAAUGUUGAGUUGGCAGAUACACUCAAGAUGAAUCGAACUGCACAUCAUAAUCUAGAAAACUUAAACCAUAUGCAGUGGCAGUCAGAAAAAAAUGCAGCACUUGAAGCUUCACAUUCAAAUGCCAACGAUGAACUACAUAGUCUAAGAAUGAAAAUAGAAGAAUUAGAGGAAUCUCAGGUAGUGGGAAUCGAGAAGAGUCUGGAGAGUUUGGAGGGCAGAUGUCAUGAGGGAGAAGACAAAAAUUUGACUCUGGAGAAGGGUAGAGACUUGAUGCUUCAUUGUGUCGCUAAGCUGCAAGAAUUGUUACAGCUCGAGAAGGAAAAACAAAAUACCCUUAGUCAGUCCAGAAAGAGUCAGCUGAAGGCACUCACUGAUCAGAUACAUCUGCUCGAGGAAGAAUGUUGCAAAAGGGAAGACGUUUUUGAUAUGGAGCAGCUAAAGAUAAUGAAUGCUGAGAUAGAGUUAUUCGUUUUGCAGAGAUGUUUAUGCGAGAUGAAAGAUGAGAACUUGUUUCUUUCAGUUAAGUCUCACAAAGAUGAAGAGGCAUUGAGACACACAGAGGGACGUAUUCUGGAGCUUGAGAGGGAAUGCCUGAACCAAGAACAAAAGAUGCAAUAUUUAGUUGAGAAUAACGAGAAACUCAGGGAGUGGGUUCGACUAUUAAUGCAAUCGCUUAAGAUUGAUCUGCAAUACGUCCCUAUAGAAGAUAUAAAAAAUGGCAUUAUUUUACAGGUUGCUUUACGUGAAAUUCAACAGAUGCUAAAUGCUAUUUCAGAUGCCAAGGAUGAAAAGCAGCGUCUACUUCUUGAGAAUUCAGUAGUUCUUGCCCUUUUAGAACACUUUCAGAAGUAUGCCGCUGAGCUGAGAGCUGAAAAGGCUGUGCUUGUCGAAGAAUCUGGAGUCAGAUUACUUGAGUAUACGAUGCUGAGAAGCAAGAAGGAUGAGUUACAUGUGACGAAUGAAGAACUGAAGAAGGAGAUCCAGGUUAGCAACCAAAGGGUGGUUACACUGAAGGCUGAAGUAGAUUUGCUGUUUAGACAGUUAAUGUAUUCACAAGAAGUUCAUCGGGCAUUACAAAUUGAAGUAUCCAAAUUGGUCGAGGAAAGUAAAUCGAUCUCAAAGAAACUUUUGGAUCUGAGUCAAGCAAAGGUCAAACUCGAAGAGGAGGAUAAUGUAAUGCUAGCAGAAGUUUUGGCCACGGAUUACCUUUCUACGAUCUUUAAGAGCCUCAAUUCAGAUAGAGAAUAUGAAAUAACCCUAUUAAGCAAUGAAAGAGCACUUCUUUACGAGUUGGCCAUCAAGCUUGAACAGAAGAUCAUUCUACUAGAAGAGGAAAACACAAAUCUCAAGGUGCCGUUAAGCAACAUGAACUGUUGUCGAAGUUCACAAACUUUGGUUGUGAGUAGUCGCCUACCGCAGGUCAACCAUAGACAUCUUGAGUUGGAUGAUUGUGGCUUCUUGCUGCAGGAGAAUUUGUUUGAGAUGAUCAAUGCAACAGUAUGUAAAGCAAAAGUUCUUGAACUGAUCGAAACCUACGAGAACCUUCAGAGUAAUGCCAUUCUGCAAAGGGAAGUUGUGCAAGAGGAGAUCACACUAAGUCAACCAGUUGAUGAGUUGGAGAAAAAGAUCGGAGAGCUUGAAGAGGAAAACAAUGAACUGAGGGCUGACUUGAGUGCGCACGAACUUUUCUUGGGCUUGUUGUGGGAUGACAUUGUCGUUUUGGAAGAACUUACUCUUUCCCUCACGAAACGACAUUCAACAUCAACCAGUCAAAUAGAAGAGGUUAAUCAGCUCGAGUUUUAUCCUUCUACUGCAAGCAAUCAAGAUGCUAGUUCAGACUGCAAUGCCUCAACACCUAUGCGACUGUAUGAAUUGCAGGAGAAAGUCAAAGUUCUUCAGGAGGUGCUGAUAAACACCGGAAGUAUGAUCGAACUGGAACGGUUUGAUUCACAUGCCAGUUUGGAGGCUGCAUGGAAAGAAAUCGAAUGGUUACAAUCAAAGGGGAAGCGGAAUUCUGAUAAAAGUGCAAGUAAAUCGCGGCGCAAAAGAAACACCAACAAAGAUGUACAACUUGAUAUUGUUUUCAAUCCUCCACGACGUGGGAAUAAAAUUCUUUCUCACGGACGAAAGGAUAGAGAAAACAGUGAAACCGACCAGAAGUUCGAGGUCUGGGGGACAGGAUAUAGCAGCAAGAACGAUACCGGUGGAUCAUUGCUAACAGAGAACAAUAGAGCAUAUUAUCAGAGUGACGAAGAGGAAGAGAAUUACACAUCGAGCAGACUAGUUGCUGAGAAACAAGAUAUGCCAUGUGAGGUUGCACCACUCCAGGAGUGGAACAAGAGAGUCAUAAAGUGGCUUUAUUCUGAUGCCCAACGGUUAUCGGUCCUACAAGCAAGUUUGCAAGAACUACACAAGAGUGCUGAAAAAUCUAUAAAGAUUAGACAUUUGGCUCGGCCGGAAAUCAACUCCAUCAAGGAUCAACUGAAAGUAACUGAUGAAUCCUUAUCACAGCUUAUUGAUGUCAACAAUGAGCUGAAAAGCAAUGUGGAAAACCUUUCUCCUUCCUCAUCCUACCAGAUUUAUGAAUCUGAUAUCGAGAGCAAAAGGAGGAAGCAAAUUUUUGACUGGGCUAGAAAGGCGUCUGAGAAAAUUGGAAGGCUGGAAUUCGAGAUACCAAAAAUCAAAUAUAGUUUGCUGAAAUUUGACGAAGAACAUAUGAACAAGAGAGCCAGAAUUAAGAGAAGACCCGGGAUUCAACUCAGAGAAUUCAUCUAUGGAAGAAGAAACACCAGAAGGCACAAAGAAGCUUCUUCCUGAGAUUGUAUCAAGGCAACAUCAACUAAUGACUACCUUGCUCUCUUAUUAGCAAUUGUAUCACUCCUCACGGAUAGAUAGUUUGUAGUAGUAUCCAACUCGCAAAUGAGAAAGGUAUUUUCUGAUUAAGAGACUGAGUGGUACCUGAAGAUGUUGAUCUAGUUACUUCAAUGCAAGGACAUUCUCUUGUAUUUGUUGUAUAUUUAUGUCAUCUUAAUCUAUCUUCCAAAAACUUUUAGACAA